AUGCUGGCGCCCAGGUCUUUCCUGAUGCAAAAGCUGUGCGCACCUUACGACAGUGGCGUCGGUGCUAGCGUGGUGCCUGCGCCAAAAGGUGAUAAGAUUGCAAAGCCGAAGCCUAAGAAUAUGAUUAAGAGCGAAAAGCAGACUUCAAAUGUUGGCUGGAUCCUGAGUCUUACCAAAGAGGAGAAGCUGCCGCUAACUUUGGGUGUCAUGGGCAUGUCGAUUGCUUCGGCAAUGAACUUGGUGUUUCCGCGAAUCAUGGGCAAAGCUAUUGAUGUGGCAUCGGGAAAACCUGCACCCUAUGGCCUCAGUCAUAAGGGCUUCGUGGUCGUCGUGCUCACUACCUUCGUCACUGGUUCUGUCGGCUCUUUCUUGCGUACAUAUUCACUUGGUAUGGUAGCCGAGCGCAUUGCCGCUAAGUUACGUCGAAAAUUAUACAAGGUUCUACUAUACCAGGAAAUGGAUUUUUUUAACAACCGUAAGGUUGGUGAAUUGGUGACCAGACUGAGCGGAGAUUGCCAACAGACAGCUAAUGCGGUGGUUGACGUGAUGUCUAAUGGCUAUCGAUCGCUGAAUUCUGCCAUCGGUGCAUCCUGCAUGCUGUUGACGAUCUCACCCAGGCUCACAUUGGUAUCGCUCACCAUAUUGCCACUUUUGGGCACUGGAGCCAUGAUAUUUAGCAAAUUUUCAAGUCGUUUGGCCUCGAAGCACCAAAAUGAAGUGGUUAGGAUGGCAGGAAUUGCCGAAGAAAGACUAAACAACAUGCAUACGGUAAAGCUUUUCUCAGCAGAGCCAGACGAAUUGAAUCACUUUGACAAAAUUAAUAGCUAUAUUCUAGCCAUCGCUGAUCAGUCUAAGCGCGCGCGCGGAGUAUUCAUGGGGACCCUAUCAUUGUCGAUUAAUUGCUCACUAUUUUCUGUUCUGUAUUUCGGCGGAUCGUUGGUGGGCUCAGGUGAACUCACGAUUGGUACGCUUACGUCAUUCGCAUUGUACAGUGGUUUUAUGGGUCUUGGCUUCUCCGGUUUGUCAUCAUGCCUAAGUGAAAUAAAGAAGACGCGGAUAUCGUCAGAAGCCUUAUUUGAUUUGCUAUCGCUGCCAGCCGCAGUAGAUGGAACGAGAAUAUUAUCAUCUGUUAAAGGUAUAGUGCGGUUUAACAAUGUGUCGUUCGCAUACCCGUCGCGCCCGCACACACUAGUUCUGGACCGCUUAAAUAUGGAGAUUCAACCUGGUGAGGUGGUUGCAAUUGUUGGCAAGAGCGGUGCUGGUAAGACUACUAUUGCGUACUUAAUGUCAAAAAUCAUCAAACCUACUAGCGGGACGGUGACUCUUGAUGGCGUGGACAUUGCUGAAAUGGACGCUUCAUGGCUUCGCAAGCAAAUUGGUGUCGUCAAUCAGGAACCAUCGCUUUUUGCGUCGACUAUUGGUGAGAAUAUCAUGUAUGGUUCUGCACUGCACAACAAGGAGCAGCUUAUCGCUGCUGCCAAAGAGGCACAUGCACACGACUUCAUAAUGGAGCUUCCAAAUCAGUACGACACAUUUGUGGGUGAGAAGGGUGUAGAGUUAUCCGGUGGUCAAAAGCAACGCAUUGCCAUCGCUCGCGCGUUGUACAAGAAAGCGAAUGUUUUAUUGUUUGACGAAGCCACAAGCUCUCUUGAUGGUCGUAGCGAAGACAUGAUCCGUCGCGCGCUGCAGUCUGCGGCCGAAAAUCGCUCGGUCUUAAUUAUUGCUCAUAGGCUUAAUACUAUAAAGCACAGCAACCGUAUCAUUCUGCUUGAAGAGGGCGUUAUUGCCGAGGCUGGCACAUUUGAAGAGCUGAAUCGAGAAGGGACAAAAUUUUAUAACCUCGCUCAUAACGAGGCUCCAUUAAUUUGA